AUGUCAACAGCUAGACAAAUUUGACUUUGCUCUCUGUUGAGUCACCGAUAUUCUCGAAGUUGUAUUACAACAUUAAAUUUUCGUAUAUCGUCAGAAGUGGUACUUUAAAAGGUUAUUCAAGUUGUAAGCGUUGUAAAACAUCAACAUGAGUCUCCAGUGGACCAUCAUCGCUACGUUUCUAUACGCCGAAAUAGCAUUUGUGCUAUUAUUGACUUUGCCGAUCGCAAGUCCUGCAAGAUGGAAUAAGUUUUUCAAAUCGAAAUUUUUGGCUUAUGUAAGUAGCCAAGCGUCUAUAUAUUUCAUUGUGUUGAUUGGUGUACUGGUAUUAUGUCUUCUAGACGCCAUCCGGGAGAUGCAAAAGUACUCAAACUUAGAGCCUUCAGACCAUCAGCACUUGGAUGCGGAAAUGCAAGGUAACAUGCGCUUAUUCCGCGCCCAAAGGAACUUCUACAUCUCAGGUAUUGCCUUAUUCCUUCUUGUUGUCAUUCGGCGCGUCAUCCAGAUGAUCUGCGAACUAGCUAGUUUGUAUGCUCAGUCCGAGGCAAACUUCCGUCAGGCUCAAAGUGCAACAAGUGCGGCUAAGACGCUGCUCGAAAAACAGGGCGCCGGCGACGAAGUAACAAAGAAGGAGCUUGAGGAUUUACAAGGUCAGGUUGAACUCCUCAAGAAAGAACUGGCAAAGGAAAAGAAAGACAAAGAAGCAGUCAAGUCUCAAGCUGAGAGUCUGAACCGUGAAUAUGACAGACUUACAGAGGAACACAGCAAGUUGCAGAAGAAGAUCACAAUUGCAGGUGGUGACAAAAAAGAUGAGUAAGUAUUGUUGGUGGAAAAAUGCAGUAGGAAUUUGUAUUUACAUGGUAAUUUUAACUAUAUAUUCCUAUUAUUAUCAACAUUAAUUAAAACUUCUAAAUGUAUCUGCUGAUGUAAUCCACUGUGAUUUAACAUAAAGCCUUGAAGAUAUCUUUUAUUUGUAGAAUAAAUGAGGUUUUAAUAUUUUCGUGUAACUGCUUAUUAUACUGGCAUAUUACUUAUCUCUUGAAAUUCUAACUGCAGUAAAACAAAAAAAAAAAAAACUUGUUGUAAUAAGAGGUCUGAUUUGUUUUGUGUUUAAUUUAAUGUUGUGGCAUUUUUUAAUAUUUAAGUGUUUGAAACUUUUUUGUAAGCUAUGGUUGAAACUUGAAUGCUAGCUUUUAAAAUUGAAUGUUUCAUAUAUCAUGAAAUUCUUUGCUUGUUGUAAAUAAUAAAAAAAAAAAUCAAUAUAAUUUGGAAUUAAUAUUUAGUAGUAAAACGUGUUUUGGUUUGUUAUUUUUUAGGAUAUCUGGUUUAAGGUGAUUUUUCUAUAUCCUUUUUUAAAACAAGUUAUUCAAAUUUAAUCCAAAGCUUACUUUUAUUUAUAUCUAUAAAUAUAUAGAUGAUAGCAUCUAUUCAUGUCUUGUUAGAUGUUAUAAAAAGACAAUUACUUUAAAAAAAAUAACAUUUUUAUAAGUCAUAUAAUUAUAUAAGUGACUAAUUUAAGUUAAUUUUUGAACAAAUAAUUUUUGCUGUUUUAGCUGUUUCAAAGUGUAAAAUAAAUUUUGUAAAGCACGGAAAGAGUAGGGUGUGUGGUUGAUGAAAUUAAAAUACAUAUUUUUUAUUCCAA